GCCGUGUUUCUACACCCCCACCCUUCCACUCGCAUUCUUUUUGAGGAUCUUUCAUUGUCAAGCCGCCAAAGUGGAGAGUGUGAUCGCAGAGGGGGGUGCUUCUCGUUUCAGCGAGUUCCUGGGGAAAACCCCGGGGCCUGGCGUUCAGAGAUGGGUUCCUUCACGAAGCACUAGACGAGAUGUCAACUCCUCAAACGAAAAAGAACGACACGAUGCAAUCUUCAGAAAAGUGAGAGGCAUACUUAAUAAACUGGCCCCUGAAAAGUUUGACAAGCUAUGCCUUGAGCUCCUGAAUGUGGGCGUAGAUUCAAAGCUCGUCCUCAAAGGAAUCAUCUUGCUGAUUGUAGACAAAGCCCUUGAAGAGCCGAAGUAUAGUUCGCUAUAUGCUCAGCUAUGUCUGCGUCUGGCAGAGGAUGCUCCAAACUUUGACGGCCCAUCAACAGAGAUCCAGUCAUCACAAAAGCAGAGCACCACAUUCAGGAGACUUCUGAUAUCCAAACUUCAGGAUGAAUUUGAAAACCGCACCCGAAAUGUUGACCUCUAUGAUAAAACUGACAGCCCUCUCACCUCUGAGGAGGAAGAGCAGCGUGCCAUUGCCAAGAUCAAAAUGCUGGGCAACAUCAAAUUCAUCGGAGAACUUGGCAAACUCGAUCUCAUUCAUGAGUCUAUCCUUCAUAAAUGCAUCAAAACACUUCUGGAAAAGAAGAAAAGAGUCCAACUUAAGGAUAUGGGGGAGGAUUUGGAGUGCCUCUGUCAGAUAAUGAGAACUGUGGGGCCAAGACUAGAUCAUGAGAAAGCCAAGUCUUUAAUGGAUCAGUACUACGGCCGUAUGCGAUCCUUAAUGAACAACAAGGACUUGCCUGCUCGGAUUCGUUUCCUGCUUCAGGAUACCGUGGAGUUGCGAGAGAACAACUGGGUUCCUCGGAAAGCUUUUAUUGAUAAUGGACCCAAGACUAUCAACCAGAUCCGCCAGGAUGCAGUAAAGGAUUUGGGUGUUUUUAUUCCACAAAUGUCUCAAGGAAUUAGGACCGACUUCUUUCAAGAAAGUCCUUUCUUGCCGGCGAGAAUUAAACCAGAUCGAGAAACACUCGGGGGAUUAGCAGAUAUGUUUGGGCAGAUGCCAGGCAGUGGGAUUGGUACUGGCCCUGGGGUCAUUCAGGACAGGUUUUCCCCCACCAUGGGCCGUCGCACAAACCCUCUUUUCAAUGGUCAUGGUGGCCACAUGGCCCCUGCACCCCAGCCUUUCAUGAAAUCCAACCAGGGGCAGAAUCUGCUUUUCCAGAACCAGACUCAUUCAUCUCAGCAGCAAGCUCAGUCCAAGGAUAUGCCGCCACGUUUUAUUAAGAAAGGACAGCUGAAUGCUGAUGAGAUUAGCUUAAGACCUGCUCAGUCAUUCAUUUUAAACAAAAACCAAAUGCCGAAGUUGCAGCCGCAGAUACCUACCAUGAUUCCUCCAAGUGCUCAACCUCCACGCACAUCCACACCUCCGCUGGGACAGCCACCGCAGCUUGGCCUGAAAACCAACCCACCUCCAAUUCAGGAGAAGCCACAGAAGACGAUUAAGAAGCCACCUCCUGCGAAGGAGGAACUGCUUAAGAUGACUGAGAAUGUUGUGACCGCUUACUUGAGCAGCAAACACAUGAACGAUGCGGUCAAUGGGGUGCGAGAGAUGAAAGCUCCCAAACACUUCCUGCCGGAGAUGUUGAGUAAGAUGAUCAUGUGCUCACUGGAGAGCCCAGAUGAGGACCGAGAACAUGUCAGCACUCUGAUCAACAUGCUCCGGAUGGAGGGACUGGUCACAGGGGAGAACUUUAUGCAGGCUUUCCUCAAUGUUCUGGACCAGUGUCCUAAGAUAGAGUUGGAUGUUCCCUUGGUGAAGUCUUACCUGGCUCAGUUUGCUGCCCGGGCGAUCAUUGCUGAGCUUGUGAGCAUGGCAGAGUUGGCCCACCCUCUGGAGAACGGCACCCACUUUCCUCUUUUCCUCCUCUGCUUGCAGCAAAUGACCAAAAUGAAAGAUCGGGAGUGGUUGACCGACCUGUUCCAGCAGAGCAAGGUCAACAUGCAGAAGAUGCUGCCAGAAAUAGAUCAAAACAAAGAUCGUAUGUUGGAGAUUCUGGAGGGGAAAGGCCUGAGCUUCUUAUUCCCUCUGAUGAAGCUGGAGAAGGAGCUGCUGAAACAAAUUAUAGCAGAUCCUGCCCCGCAAACCAUCUACAAGUGGAUCAAGGACAACAUUUCUCCAAAACUGCACACUGAUAAGGGUUUCGUUAACAUUCUUAUGACCAGCUUUUUGCAGUACAUUAUCCAUGAGAUGUAUACCACUGAAAGUGAUGACCAAUUAUCUGCACCUACGAAAGAGCAGCUUGACCAGGAAAAACAGCUGCUACUUGGCUUCAAACCGGUGAUGCAAAAGUUCCUGCAUGAACACGUGGACCUUCAAGUCAGUGCACUCUACGCACUGCAAGUCCACUGCAACGCCCAUGCUUUCCCCAAAGGAAUGUUACUGCGCUACUUUGUCAACUUUUAUGAUAUGGAGAUAAUUGAAGAAGAGGCCUUCCUAGCAUGGAAAGAAGAUAUUGCCCAAGAGUUUCCAGGGAAGGGAAAAGCAUUGUUCCAGGUGAACCAGUGGCUCACGUGGCUGGAGACUGCGGAAGAGGAAGAGUCUGAGGAGGAAGCGGACUAA